CUGUUGAUGGGUAUGUCAUCAACUGGAUUGAGAGCAAAGCCUCAUUUGGAGAUGAGGUCAGCCCCGGCUAUCUUAAAAACCAGUUCUGGAGUUACGUGAACAGGUUUGGAUCUGGACUGGUAAUCUACUGGUUCGGAUACGUUGAGGAUCUGGACAUUCACAGAGAUCGUGGAAUUGCUCUUGCCCAAGAUUUUCCAAAAAAGUUUGUUCGCUUCCAACCAUCGUCAGUUGAAAGCAUGAUGCAUAGUAGCUGAUGUAUUCCUAGGAAGGGAGAAAACAGUUUUGUGUGUGUCCCUAUGAAAGAGGGUACAUUGAAUUGAAUGAGAAAACCAGGAUAAUUGAACCGUCAAAUUGAUCCAAUCUACAAACUUGGCCCCCGGCCUGUUAAAAUACAGUUGAGAACUCAUGGGGUAAACUGUUGAGAGUAUGACAUAUAGGUCUACAGACGUGGUAUUUUCCUUGGAAGGGGGUAAACAGUGAGACUAUAAUGUAUACAUACUGAUGUCUUCCCAGGAAGGGGUAAGCUUCUGAGAACAUAUGUAUAAAUAUUGAUGUGUUCCCAGGAAGGUGGUAAGCUUUUAAGAGUAUGAUGUAGGCCUAUGCACAAUGGUGUCUUCCUAAGAAGUGGAUAAGGUUUUGAGAGUGAUGUACAUUUCUGUUAGUAAGUUUUUGAGUGUAUGAUGUAUACAUACUUGAUGUGUUCCUGGGAAGAGCGUAAACUGUGAGUGUAUAUUUUAUGCAUACUGUGACUUUUCAGGAAGAAUAAGGUGUAAACUAGCUUAAGGAAAUUGUGAAAUGGGAGGGGAUACUAACAUGAUACACAGUACCGUAUCUGAUGCAUUUCUUUCCUGUCUAUAUUUACCCUCCUCAUGACAGAUGUUUUUACUACCAAAUGUUCGAUCUUUCUUUGUAAAAUCUACCAUAAGUAUUACAAACAAUUUGUUGAUUCAACUUUUAAAAGCAGUGACAAAUUAUAUUUUGUAAUAUUUUGAUUUCAGUGUUGUUUAUGUUUCACACAUUUUAUCAGUGUUUUAUCUGCUUGCAUUUUAGUUCUGAGAAUGCCGUUUUCGGCCAUCUAGACAUGCCAAAACCAUAUAAUUGUUACCUUACCCGAGCUGGCCACAACCAUGGUGAGACUCAGGUGGUCUACAGUAGUUUUUCUUUCUCAUUGAAUGAAACAAAAGUGUAUGUUCAGCUAAAUAAAUGAAAUAUAUUGUCUCGGUUACAAUCAGCACGAAGCAAUGAGACGGGCUGUUUAAUCGCACUACUUGCUCUAUGCUCGACUGAAUUUGAGGAGUCACGUGACGUAGACGGCCAAUCAGGCUGCUUAAUUUUUCUUCAUUGGCAAUUCUCAUAUAGGGAAAAAAAAUAUUGUGGGCCCACCAUUUACUUAGGCUUUCAAAGAAGGCUGUUGUAGAUGUUGGGCAAUUGAUGAGCGCCAUCGACACGGUUCAGAUAUUCUUUCCUUUUUCGUAUGGGGGGGGGGGGAGUUCAGUAGCAAAGCAGUUGCACGGUAACGAAGAUGCUUGAAAGUUAGCAUUAAAUCGAUGGAGAUCACUUAUGUUCCUGUACAAGAAUAAAAUGGUCACAUGUGACACAAAAUAAUGUAUGUUUUAUUUUAUUUCAACUCCACACUACCAGCAGAGUCCAACCCACCAAUUACAGAAUGAAAAAAAAAAC